AUGCCCGUGGCUACAUCGUUCCUCCAGCUUGCACGGGCUAGGCGAGAUGGUCCGACGCCCCUCCGCCCGCGCUCUAUACCAAUAACCCACGUGGGUAAACCAGAGUGGCUGGAGAAGAACAUCGCCGGCCGCUUCCAUUGCCGAUUCUGCGACGCCACCUUCGCGAAGGUGGCACAAGCGAAGCUCCACAUGUCUCGCGGGUCGGGACAUCUGGCCGACCGCGUGGCUUGGCCCAUGAACACACGCUACCAUUACUUGUGGAUGGCGGACCAUCGUGUCACCGAGACGGCGGACGUAAUGUCUCUCGCGUGGUAUUGUAAAAUAACCAAAAGGACAAUCAGGGACGAAGCUGGUGCUGAGUUCGCCGCCCAGUGGGCAAACGAAGUCGCUGCUUGGUUGAAAAAGUACAACGAACAUUACCGCCCCUGGUUGGCUGGGCCGACAUUCCGCCCAAGCGACCCGCUAACCGUGGCCGCUGGUUUUGCCCACGGCGACUACCCGCUCCUCUCCACCGACCUGUGGAAGACGCGCACGAUGAGCCUGCUUCCCGAGUACCCGUCGGCCGGCUCGUCUGCAAGCGUCUUGACCGCUGCUUGCAUGGUCUAUGAAGAGCUUCUGUCCUGGGCCGAAGAUUGCCCCGAGGUCUCGUACGAGAUCAACGAAGUCGUCAAGGUCGCCCAAGACGGGUUCGAGACAAUCUUUGAUUCGAGAGGUCGGAACCUGCGUGGCUGGCGGUUGUUGCUCGAGGCUCUCAACGACGACGAGGUCCCCCAAGAGGUAAAGCACGCCGUCAACCGGUUGACGGCGCCACUCGGGUCCGAGCUCUUCGCGAUCAGCAAAAAGGCCAAGGGCUUUAGUCCCCGCGUUGCUGCCCAGAGAGAGCGUCGGCAAUGA